AAAUACACAUUUUAAUCGGUCUAAAAUAAUAACUCUAAAACUACAAGGGGCUAAGCGUGCUUUACGCUUAUUAUCACGACUGUCUACCCUUUCUCCCGGCGGCGAUCACCAUCUGCCACCACACACGGCGGUGCUCAGCUAGCUUUGAUCCUCCAUAACUCCUUCACUAUCAUACUCUCUCUGUAAAUCCACCAUUCAAUCUAUAGCAAUUCCGUAUCAAACCUCUAUUUUCACCUCCAAAAGGCGUCAAUAAUAACAAUAACCGAUGCUAGGGCUUUCGUACGGAGAGCUUUUCCUUCUCAUCGGAGCCACAGCGGCUCUCAUAGGUCCUAAAGAUCUCCCACGCAUAGCGCGUGUUGCUGGGAGGUUAGCAGGUCGGUCGAUCGGAUACGUUCAAAUGGCACGCGGUCAGUUCGACAAUGUCAUGCAGCAGUCUCAGGCUAAACAGGUGCACAAGGAACUUCAAGAUACAAUUGCUCAACUUGAAGCCAUACGUCAUGAAAUCCGAACAAUUUCCUUUGUGAAUCCUGGUCCAUUAACUAGAAGGCUAGUAGAAAAUGGUGGCAGGAUUCCAGACACAAAUGGGAAUACUGAUCUUGAACAGACUAGUGACGGUGCACUUCCAGUGCCAACCCCAUCACCGCCAACGCCAUCACUGCCAACCUCCACCUCUAAGGUUUAUAAAUCAAUUGCCUCGGCCUUACCCUCAUCUGAUAUGCACAGCCAAGCUACAGCUUAUGCAAGGUUGGCCGAGUCAGCAGCUUUGCAUUCUCAACCUACAAGUAAUGAAGUUAUCAGUGAGCUUACUGAUGAAUCUGGCAUCACUGUUCUUCCUGUAUCAGCCCAAGAUACAGGAUUAUUGCCUAACCGCAAGGCUGAUGCAAACGGGUCUGACAUCAUGCUAGAGUCGAUUCUGGAGGCAGACGUAGCAAGAAAUGCAAAAGAUUUCUUUGCUCAGCCCCAAAACGUAACCAGAAGUGAAUAGAGCGAAGGCAGGUGGUGCAUCAUCAUUAUCAUCAUCUUGUUUUAAAAACCUUUUUGAAACCAUGAAGAUGGUGCAUAAUAAUCUUUAAAUGCAUCCGUGGUCGAUUGGUUUAAUACUCUUAAAUGAAGAUAAUAUAUACAAAUCUUAUGGAAUGAAGUCGGUCCCAUUUGAUUUUGUUUAUACACGUUUGAAACGGUGGAUAUCCUUAUCAGCUUUGCCUAAUUUCUGGCAGCUGGCUGUUCAACAACUGAAUUUUCUAGAGCACUUGACGCAAUUACUUCCUUCCCUUUAGUGUUUGCCCUUCUUUAGUAGUAUAUCAACAUCAAAAGGACCACUUCAGUAACAAAGAAAGUUCCUGUUAUAACUAUGUUGGUAUCAAUGUAGUUAAGCAUUGUUAAAGUGUUUUUACAGAAAAACUCAAAAAAGUAAGAGUAAAUUACAAGUUUUGUCCUUUAUGUUUGUAUUAAAUUGCAGACGGUGUCCUUUGCCUUUUAAUUUGAUGAGUUUUGUCCUUAACAUUUCAAAAUCCUGCACGUUAUAUCCUUUAUCCCUAACCCAGUUAGAUUUUUUGGUUAAGUAUGGUCAUGUGUCUUGCAUUUGAGACCAUUUUGUCAUUUCAUUAUCCAUGGACUAUAGUGCAAAUAACAUAUGUCAAACAUAUGUGCAAAAUGGCCAUUUUAUAUAUUGUGUACAAAAGUUAAAAACAUUAAAAUAAAACAAUUUGUCUCAUCCCCAACCCUCUGCAUCAUCGUCUUCCCCAAUUUAUAAUCAACCUAAAACCCUAUUUCAAAAACCAUUUUUCUCAAUUGAGUGUCCCCUUCAAUAUCACACUAAUUUACACUUUCAAAUUAACAAAAACAUAAACAACCAAUAUACAGAUGCUCCAGUUGGCUAUGUUGCAGUGAUCGCCGGCGUUUGUUCCUCUCUUUUCUCGUUCUCCUCUUUCUAUGUAUAGACGCAUAUCUUCGCUCAAACAUCACGACGACUUAUACUGAGGCGGAAUCAAAAGGCGACGACUGUGGCAUGAUCAGAUUCUGGAUCCAAAUACGUUAUUCCGUUUAGCAAGAUUUUCCGGCAAAGGGAAUCAAGUGUGGUGACUUCAAUCAGACACGUACGUUGACGACAGAGGCAAAUGUAACCGAUAACCGGAGUUUGGAUAGCCUAUAGGUUCGGAUUGACGAUUUUUAGAACGAAAUCUAGUGGUGACUGAUUUCAGGGUCAUUUCCAAGAUGUGGUAGGUUGUGGUUGUUUUCUAGCAAUAAAAUAGGUCCUGAAAGUUAGGUUGGCGGUUGUUUCAGGUUUAAGGCGGUGGGUUGGGGUUUUAGGGUUGGUGGUGGUUGCAGGUAUAGAGCGAGGAGGUAGAGAAGAGAAAGAGAGUUUAUACAUUUUUGAGUAAAUUACAAGUUUAUAUAUCUUUUUACA